CUCCGGGUGCGUUUGGUCGGCGGAAGAUCUGACAAAGAAGGCCGUGUUGAGAUUCUAUACCUUGGUACUUGGGGGACAGUGUGUGAUGACAACUGGGACCUAAAUGACGCCAACGUGGUUUGCAAAAUGCUCGGCUACGAACGGGCGGAGAACUUCUCCUGUUGCGCUGCCUUUGGACUAGGAUCUGGACCUAUUGUUCUGGAUGAAGUGGAAUGCGAGGGUACAGAACCAAACAUAGGCCAUUGUCGAAGGAGUGGAUACGAAACCCAUGACUGUGAUCACUCGGAGGAUGUUGGUGUCUCAUGCAUCGAAAAUGAAGUGGAACAGGAAUCCUCUACAACCAUGACACCGAAUGGCAGUGAAAUAGGUCUAUCCCAGCCUGCCACAUUUGGUUUAAUUGGAUUCCUCUCCGUUGCAGUUAUUGGCAUCCUUUUGGGUUGUAUCGUCAUGACAGUAAUGGUGCGGAAGUACAGGAGAUCAGCGAAUCAGGCUAGUAGUCAGCAGCAAGGGACAGCGAAACAAAACUGUUACAACGGACCACAACAUGGUGAGGAAGGUUGCUUGGAACUUAACGUUGUCCCUCCCAAGCUACCAGAGAGAUCUUCACGAGAUCAGGGUGAAACAUACGAAACGCCACGACAUGCUGACAAUGGAGAUGUUUAUGAAGAUAUUAAGACCUAAGAAGAAGAAGAAUACAAAAUCUAGUAGUACUUCUCUAGCUCUCCCCUUUCCAUUUCUCUACUCUUAUCACUCUUCCUACCUCUCUAACCGUCUGCCUUUUAUGUUUUACCUCCUUUUUCUCUCUCUUUUAGUUAUCUUUCUCUGUUCUGAAAAUAUAUAUACAUUUUGAAGAACAACGUAAUUCUUUGACCAUGUUAAUCGUUCUUUAUAUUUUCCAUUUGCUUUGUAAUUCACUUUUAUGUUUAAUUAUUUGAAC